AUGCUCUCUUCUCCGCUAAAUUUGCCAAAAUGGCUGCAGGAGAACUCUCACCUGCUACAGCCACCGAUCAACAAUUACUGUGUCUACAACGAAAAUGUCACAGUAAUGAUUGUUGGUGGUCCUAAUGCACGAACGGAUUACCACAUCAAUACCACAGCCGAAUGGUUUUACCAGUACAAAGGUCGGAUGUUGCUGAAGGUCGUCGACGAGGGAGAUGUUUUCAGGGACAUUUACAUCGAGGAAGGGGACAUGUUCCUUCUGCCCCCAAACACUCCUCACAAUCCUGUCCGCUUUGCCAAUACAGUCGGCAUUGUUCUCGAGCAGCCGCGGCCAGCCGAUUCGGUAGACCGCCUCAGAUGGUACUGCCAGGAUUGUGGUUCAGUAGUCCACGAGGCCUCCUUUCACUGCACCGAUCUUGGAACUCAGGUCAAGGAUGCCGUGAAUGCCUUCCGGAACGACGACGAGAAGAGAAAAUGCAAGAAAUGUGGCUCUCUGGCUGACGUUGUACCAAGAGCGCAAAGUUAG